AUGCAUGUCACAAACAUUCUCACAGCAGCCUGUCUGGCUCUCCUGACCGGGUCGGUCGCAGCACAGGCCGUGCCUCACUUGAACGUUGGAAAACUCUCUCUUCGCGACUUAGGCCCCCGUCAAACGCCGGCUGGGUCUCAAUCAGCCAUGCCGGCCUCUCAAUCGGUGACGUCCACAUCCAUGCCGAUCACAAAGCCAACCGCGGCAAUGGCGCUGGACUCCUCUUCAUCGGGUUUCCGCACUUCCACGACACGUAGAGCAUCUAUGCCUUCCUCUAGCGCACCUGUAUCAUCAUCGGGUGUGCCUAAUGCUUCCUCGGGAGGCAACUCGAAUAUCCUCAAGAGCCUGCUGAGUCCGUCCUAA